AUGUAUAACUUGAACGUCAGCUCUAUAAAUACCACAACUACUGAUGCCGUUUCCUCUGUGACAUGGAGAAAAAUCGUAAUUGGCAUAGUUCUCUAUGGAAUUGUGCUCUUGACAAUAUGUGGAAAUAGCUUAGUGUUAGUAGCAGUGGCAAAAACAAAACGUUUACAAACUGUUUUUAAUUUCUAUGUGAUCAACCUAGCCAUCACUGAUAUAUCCGUAGCUGUAUGUGCCAUGAGUUUCUAUACCACAAACACUGUACUGGGCUACUGGCCUUUCGGCUCGUUCCUGUGUGGCGUCUGGAUUUUCUUUGACUAUGGGAUGACAUUUGCCUCAGUAUUCACCCUAAUAGUGAUAUCUAUUGACAGAUUUUGGUCAGUAACGUGGAGUGUGCAUUACCGCGCACAUCACAACAAGCGCAAAUGUAUUCGCCUUAUCAUAGCUGUCUGGGUGUUCAUGAUAGUGUUGUGGCUACCACCUUGUGUACUGGAUAGAGUGAAUAACGCCGUUCCAGGAGAGUGCAUAUGGGAACCAUCUCAUAACAAAGAGUUUGUAAUUGUCAUAGCAACCAUUGGACACCACGGCUCUUUUGUAAUACUUCUUGUCUGUUACAUUCGCGUUUUUUACGUUUUGAGACAAAGAAAAAGUUUCAAUUCUGUUGGGCCGAGUGAGAGGUCUCCGGAUCAACCCAGCACAUCUAGGGUAGUGAAUGGAAUGUCUGGAAAGAACGACGAAAGUCAGUCCAAAGAUUCCAUUGAGGAAAGCGCUGCCGUAAAAGUCAUCAAUGAAAGCGAAGUAAAGAAAUCACCAAUAAAUCUGUCCCCUCCAAAUCGAAAUGGGAUUCACCUUGACCCGAUCUCUAUUAUAACGAUUCCAUCGACAAGUCAAUGGAAACCCGAGGCAUCUGUUGUCACCAAUGAAGAUGCAAAAAAACAGCGGCAGGACUUGAAACGAGAGAGAAGGAACGAUCGACACGAGAGGCGAGUGUUUAUCACGUUAACUUACAUUUUGAUAGGAUAUAUCAUCUGCUGGCUCCCCUUCCACAUCGUCUUUGACGUUAGUGCUAUUGCACCAGAAAAAGUGCCAGAGAUGGUGUUUGUCGUAACGUUUUGGAUGUCGUACUGUAACUCAACAAUAAACCCAUUUCUGUAUAACUUCAGCAGCACCGACUUCAGGAAUGCAUUCCGGGAAUUAUUAUGUAGAAAAUAA